AAACCUAUAAAAUCCGAUGGAAACAGAAUUCACUCUCUCUAAUGCUCAUGCCAAACAAAAUUCACACUCGCUUCUCUCUCUAAUCAUCUUUUUUAGUGGCUAUGAGAGUUCCGGCUCGAUUCAACUUCUCGCGCUUAAGAGAAAUCAAGUGAUAACAAAAUUUUAGGUUUGUAGGGGAAUAUCUGCUUGCUUGCAAGUGACACCAUGCUUCCUUGCUCUAAAUAAGCUGCUGUAACGUGGAGAGAUGGUGACUCUUUGUCCAUCUAUUUUGAUGCGACCGUGCUUUUUGGACUCUGGAUUUAUAGAAUCACCUAAACUAACAGCUGCUACCAAUUUCUUCCAUGGAGGCAAAAUGCGGCAUGCCUUUGAGAAAGUAGGUAUAGAAAGAAAGCUUGUGUAUGGAGAAGUUUUGCAAUGUGCCAUUAGUUCUCCAUAUCAGAAUCCUAGUUCACGAUUGCUUGCUUCAUCAAGAAUUUCUGUCGAGGAAACUGAACAGUUAUUUGCUACAAGUACUAAAGUUGAAGAACUUAAAGAUGUAUCAACUUACCUAUUUAGGACAGAAGUUGGUGGUCAGGUGAAAGUUUCUGUUGAAAAGGAAAACGUCAAAAAAUAUGUUCUGUAUAUCGAGGUUUCACCUAUCCAAGAGACUAGUAGAGACAAAAGAAUGGUGCUUAUUUGGGGAAUAUAUAGAUCUGAUUCAUCGUGUAUUAUGCCUCUGGACUCUCAGCAAUCGGCUUCUGAUCCUGGAACUGUUGAAACUCAAUUCUUUAAAUAUUCUUUAGAUAAGUUUGUUCUUGAACUGGAGUUUGAAGCAAAACAUACUCCUUGCUAUGUCUCGUUUGCGCUGAAGUUUCUGUCAAACACUGAUACAGAAGGCUCAGAAAUCAGGAACCAUAAGAAAGAAAAUUUUUGUGUGCCAGUAGGUUUUGGUUCUGGACAUCCAGCUCCAUUAGGUCUUUCCUUCCCGGCUGAUGGUUCCAUGAAUUUUGCUAUUUUUUCAAGAAAUGCAAAAGGUGUGGUUCUUUGCUUGUACGAUGACAAAACAACAGACAAACCGGCUUUAGAACUUGAUCUAGAUCCUUACAUAAAUCGAUCAGGUGAUGUCUGGCAUGCCUCAUUGAAAAGUGCUUGGAAUUUUUUGAGCUAUGGGUAUCGGUUCAAAGGAGUUGUUCUUCAGGAAGAUUUAGACAAUGCAGAAUGUGUUCGUUUGGAUCCAUAUGCCAAAAUCAUUGGAAUUUAUCAGGAAUCUAGUUUGGCUGUAAAAUAUCUUGGACUAUUAUCCAAUGAACCUGCUUUUGACUGGGGUGAUGACAUUCGUCCUAACACAGCAAUUGAGAAACUUAUGGUUUAUCAUUUAAAUGUGGUGCGUUUUACCAAAGACAAGUCUAGUCAGCUGCCUAGUGAUGCGGCAGGUACCUUCUCUGGUUUGAGUGAGAAGUUGCACCAUUUCAAAGAUCUUGGCGUGAAUGCAAUCUUGUUGGAGCCAGUGUUUCCAUAUGGUGAGAAUAAAGGACCAUAUUUUCCUUGUCAUUUUUUCUCUCCAAUGAACCUGUAUGGCCCUUCUGGUGGUCCUGUAUCCACCAUUACCGCAAUGAAGGAGAUGGUAAGGAAGUUGCAUGCUAAUGGGAUAGAGGUUUUACUGGAAGUUGUUUUCACCCACACUGCUGAAGAUGGAGCAUUGCAAGGCAUUGAUGACCCAUCCUAUUAUUAUGCGGACCAGGUUGCUGAAUUAGGUUCGUUAAAUGCUUUGAAUUGUAACUAUCCCAUUGUCCAACGGUUGAUUUUGGAUAGUCUUCGGCACUGGGUGACCGAGUAUCAUGUUGAUGGUUUUGUUUUCAUAAAUGCUUCCUCUCUUUUGAGAGGGUUUCAUGGUGAAUACUUGUCUCGCCCUCCACUGGUUGAAGCAGUUGCUUUUGAUCCAUUACUCUCAAAUACUAAGAUCAUUGCAGAUGCCUGGGACCCCCAAAACGUGAUGCAAAAGGAAGUCCGCUUUCCUCAUUGGAAGAGAUGGUCAGAAAUAAAUACAAAGUUCUGCUAUGAUGUAAGAAAUUAUCUGAGGGGUGAGGGUCUUCUUAGUAACCUUGCAACACGGCUUUGUGGCAGUGGCGAUAUCUUUUCAGAUGGGCGAGGCCCAGCUUUCUCUUUCAAUUUCAUUUCCAGAAACAUUGGACUGCCCCUUGUGGACUUGGUCAGCUUCAGUGGUGGUAAGCUAGCGCCGCAGUUAAGUUGGAAUUGUGGGGAGGAAGGACCUACAAAUAAAACUGCUGUGCUGGAAACAAGACUUAAACAAAUCCGUAAUUUUCUAUUUAUUCUAUAUGUUUCACUGGGUGUUCCUGUCCUUAACAUGGGCGAUGAAUUUGGGCAAACUUCUGGCGGUUCCACUUCAUACAAGGACAGGAAGCCUUUCAAUUGGAAUGCUCUAGGAACUGGUUUUGCUAUUCAAAUCAUGAAGUUCAUUUCAUUUUUGAGUUCGUUUAGAACGAAAAGAAGUGACCUCCUCCAGAGAAGGGACUUCUUGAAAGAAGAAAACAUCGACUGGCAUGCUAGUGAUCAGUCUCCACCAAAAUGGGAAGAUCCAUCCUGCAGAUUCCUGGCCAUGACAUUAAAGGCUGACAAAGAAGAGAGUGAAUUGAGCUCGCAUUCUAAAGGUGAUGUUUUUGUUGCCUUCAAUGCAGCUGACCAUUCAGAGAGUGUUAUUCUUCCCCCACCUCCAGAAGGGAUGGCGUGGCGGCGUCUGGUUGAUACUGCUCUUCCAUUCCCUGGGUUCUUCUCGAAAGAAGGUAAGCCUGUCCUUGAGCAGAUGGCAGGAUUAGUUACAUAUGAAAUGAAGUCUCACAGCUGCAUUCUAUUUGAAGCCAGCAACCCUAGCAGUUAAAAAUCCUUCUUCCCUUAUUCUCUUCA